UUGUUUUUGGCUCACACUGACCCUAUUACAACAACUUUAUGCAGAUACUAGGUAAGCUUGGUAGUCUAAGAAUUUCGGGUAGGUUCUACAACAGUGUCUGCUUCCGGCUUCAUGUGAUCAACACCUGCUGGGCUAUGUGAACUAAGGGUAUCAGGAGCUUUCCCCUUUGCCUGGGAGUUUGUAGUGGCCUCAGCUGCGGCGAUAAAGUUGGCGUGGUAGUUUCAAGCUUCGAUUGAAGCAGUCAUUUCAAGCUUUGGACUGGUGGUGAAUGAGCGUGAAUGUGGAACUUGAACACUUUUUGCUUUUCCAUGAAAUCAUACGGAUUGUCCCUUGCUACUGCUGCUGUCUUGCGUGAUGAGAAAAAGAAAAUGGCGGCGGAUACGGCGAGUAGCGAGGGCGACGAGGGGUCCUUUAAUCUCACAGUCGAAGAGAAGGAGGCGCUUUGUGGGUUGGAUAGCAGCUUUUUCGGGUUCUUAAGCCGACGCGAAGAUGGCGCUAGGACGAAGACGCUAUUGAACAAGGCUAUUCACUGCUACGAAUCUUUAAUAGUAAAAGCUGAAGGAAAAGUGGAAUCUGAUUUCUUUUGUCAAUUAGGUCACUUCAAUCUCUUGUUGGAAGAUUAUUCAAAAGCAUUGUCAUCUUACCAGAGAUAUUACAGUUUACAGACUGACUACUGGAAGAAUGCUGCCUUUUUAUAUGGUCUUGGUUUGGUUUACUUCUACUACAAUGCAUUUCAUUGGGCAACUAGAGCAUUUCAAGAUGUCCUUUAUGUUGACCCCAGUUUUUGCAGAGCCAAGGAAAUUCAUUUACGCCUUGGUUUUAUGUUCAAAGUGAAUACAGAUUAUGAGUCUAGUUUAAAGCAUUUUCAGCUAGCUUUGAUCGACAGUAAUGCCUGUACUUUGUCCAGUGUGGAAAUUCAGUUUCACAUUGCUCAGUUAUAUGAAACCCAGCAGAAAUACCAUUUUGCAAAAGAAGCCUAUGAACAACUUUUACAAAUUGAAAGCCUUCCAUCUCAAGUAAAAGCAACUAUAUUGCAACAGUUAGGUUGGAUGCAUCAUAAUAUGGAUCUAGUAGGAGACAAGGUCACCAAGGAAAGGUAUGCUAUUCAGUAUCUCCAAAAGUCAUUGGAGGAAGAUCCUAAUUCUGGCCAAUCAUGGUAUUUCCUUGGAAGGUGCUAUUCUAGCAUUGGGAAAGUUCAGGAUGCCUUUGUAUCUUAUAGGCAAUCCAUUGAUAAAUCAGAAGCAAGUGCAGACACGUGGUGUUCAAUAGGUGUGCUCUAUCAACAGCAAAAUCAGCCUAUGGAUGCCUUACAGGCUUAUAUAUGUGCUGUACAGUUGGAUCAUGGACAUGCAGCAGCCUGGAUGGACUUAGGCAUUCUUUAUGAGUCCUGCAACCAACCUCAGGAUGCAAUUAAAUGCUACUUAAAUGCAACUAGGAGCAAAAGCUGUAGUCAUACAUCUGCACUUACAUCAAGAAUUAUGUUUUUAAAGGCUCAGUUGUGUAAUCUUCCACAAGGUAAUCUACAGAAUAAAACUAAAUUACUUCCUAGUAUUGAGGAGGCGUGGAGCCUACCAAUCCCUGCAGAGCUUACCUCCAGGCAGGGUGCCAUGAACACAGCACAGCAGGGUUUUGAUAAAGAUGAGAGUUUACAUUUGGCAGUACAGAAUGAUGACCAGCCUCUAUUUCCCACUGGUUCCACACGAUAUCUCCAAGCAGAUAGCACUGGUAUUCAAAAUCAGAAUGAAAAUCAUGGUCUGCCUCAAAAUACAGAUACAAAGGGGGAUCCUCAAAACCAUUUCACUUUUCAUUUUGCUACCUCAGAAGAACAAAAGGGCACUAACUGUACCAAAGAAAACAAGCAUUCAGGAAAUAGAUCACUGAGUUUUAAGUCAUGUAGGCAAGGCACAUCUGAUAUCUGUAUUAAUGUAAAGGAAUGUUCUAAUCAUGUUCAUCAGAUUCCAUCAGUUGCUAUCUCCAGUCCUAAAAAUGAAGAUUCUGUGCCAGCAAAUUUAAUAAUUGUAGACAGUCCUCAGCCUUCUGCCAUGGUUGGAGAAGUUAUUGACAGUAUAGGUACUGGAAUGUGUGACAAAACCAAUAAUGUUCAUCCAGCUGUUCUCAAAAAGUCUGAUAAUCUUGUUGCUUCUCCACCCUCUUCAGAAACACUUUUCCCAAAGUUCAGUGACAAGAUGCAUAAACAUACUACCAGUUUUAUCAGUCCUCACAGUGGAUUACAUAAAAUUAAUGGAGAAGGCCAAGAAAACUCAGAGAGUUCUAUCAGUGUUAACCCUGGUCUCAGACCUAGACCUCAAAUCCUACCAUCAAUGUCUGUGUCCAUAUACUCAACUUCAACAGAAGCUCUGAAAGCAUGCAGGAAUCUUGGUAAAAAUGGUUUGUCUAAUAGUCAUAGUCUGCUGGAUAUAUGCCCACCUCCAAGACCACCAUCUUCACCAUACCCUCCAUUACCAAAGGAGAAGUUGAACCCACCCACUCCCAGUAUUUAUUUGGAAAAUAAGCGUGAUGCCUUUUUUCCUCCAUUACAUCAAUUUUGCAUCAACCCAAAAAACCCUGUCACAGUAAUUCGAGGCCUUGCUGGAGCUCUUAAGUUAGAUCUUGGACUUUUCUCUACCAAAACUUUGGUAGAAGCUAAUAAUGAGCAUAUGGUAGAAGUGAGGACACAAUUGUUGCAGCCAGCAGAUGAAAACUGGGAUCCCUCUGGAACAAAGAAAAUCUGGCGGUAUGAAAAUAAAAGUUCUCAUACAACAAUUGCUAAAUAUGCCCAGUACCAGGCCUGCUCCUUCCAGGAAUCAUUAAGAGAAGAAAAUGAAAGAAGAAUGCAAGCUAAAGAUUAUUCAGAUAUUGAAUCAACAUCUUCAGAGAAUUCUGCGAGGAAACGGAAAGGACCUUUUAAAACCAUAAAAUGUGGGAUUAACAUUGAUCUGUCUGAUAACAAAAAGUGGAAGUUGCAGUUACAUGAGCUGACUAAACUUCCUGCUUUUGUACGUGUUGUAUCAGCAGGAAAUCUUCUAAGCCAUGUUGGCUAUACCAUUUUGGGUAUGAACACAGUUCAACUUUGUAUGAAAGUUCCAGGAAGUAGAAUACCAGGUCACCAAGAAAAUAACAACUUCUGUUCUGUUAACAUAAAUAUUGGUCCAGGUGAUUGUGAGUGGUUUGUUGUACCUGAAGAUUAUUGGGGUGUUCUGAAUGAAUUCUGUGAAAAAAAUAAUUUGAAUUUCCAGAUGAGCUCAUGGUGGCCAAACCUUGAAGAUCUUUAUGAAGCAAAUGUUCCUGUGUAUAGGUUUAUUCAGCGACCUGGAGAUUUAGUUUGGAUCAAUGCAGGCACUGUCCAUUGGGUUCAGGCUAUUGGGUGGUGUAAUAACAUUGCCUGGAAUGUUGGUCCACUCACAGCUUUUCAGUAUAAAUUAGCAGUUGAACGGUAUGAAUGGAACAAGUUGCAAAGUGUCAAGUCAGUGGUACCUAUGGUUCACCUUUCAUGGAAUAUGGCACGAAAUAUCAAAGUAUCAGAUCCAAAACUUUUUGAAAUGAUUAAAUAUUGUCUCUUAAAAAUUCUAAAGCAAUGUCAGACUUUGAGAGAAGCUCUUGUUGCAGCAGGGAAAGAGGUUCUAUGGCAUGGGCGGAUAAAUGAUGAACCAGCCCCUUAUUGUAGUAUCUGUGAGGUGGAAGUAUUUAACUUGCUUUUUGUUACUAAUGAAAGCAAUUCUCAAAAGACAUAUAUAGUACAUUGUCAGAACUGUGCACAAAAAGCGAGUGGAAAUUUGGAAAAUUUUGUGGUGCUAGAACAGUACAAAAUGGAGGACUUGAUGCAAGUCUAUGACCAGUUUACAUUAGCUCCUUCGUUAUCUUCUGCAUCUUAAUAAUGUUCCAGAAUUAUUGAGUACAUUGUUCUUCAGGAAAUAUGUUUCUUAUUUUGUUGUUAUUUCAGAAGACUGCUCUCUCAAAGCUGUGUCUAUGCAAUCUUUCAAGAAUAGAGGAUAAGGAGACUAAACAAAGAGUACAGCUUCUACUCCAAGAUUUAUAAUGUUGACCCAGAUGUAUUUAAUUUUUGUAAAAAAUUAGUAUAUUCGUAUUAUUUGUAUAUAUCUAACAAACACAUUUUGAAUGUAUUUCUGGGCUGCUGGAUUCAUUUAUGCUCGUAUGUUACCUUUUUUAAUUUCUCCAGAAUUACAUAGAAUCCUACUUGGCUGUUUCUUUGCAAGAGAGUUAGCAAUUUAAAAAAUUUUAUCAACAUUUUCUAAAUUUGAAAUAAUAUGACAAAGUUUUAUACUGCUCCUUGUCUCUUAUUUUGAAGUCAUGAUUUGAUGUGAUUAAAAAAUAAAUAACAGCAAAGACAAACAUGUAAUGGGUUGCAUAUGAAAAAUAAAUUUCUGAUAGGAUUCUGUUUUGUUUUUAAUCUUGAUUCAAAUAUAAAUUUAUAUAUAUAUUUAUUGCUUGAAAAUAUUUGUGAAUGGAAUGUUAUUUUUCCUAGACUUACAUGCCAUUAAAUAUUGAGGAGUUGUGUAAUUUCAAAUACAUUACAUUUUAUAUGUGUAAAUAAAGCCAUUUAGCAUUGGACAUUAACUUUUAUUACAAUUGUUUACUGUUUAAAGGAUUUUUUUCAAUGUUUGAGUUUUAAAGACUAGAUCCACUCUAUGUUCUUUUUCAAAUGUAAUGGAUAUAUGUAUUUUAUGUGUUUGUAAACACAUGUAUUAUAUGUAGAAAUCUCAAUAUAUCACUGUACAUGGAAACAAAAAAAUUUUAAUUUUUAUAUCUGAUAGUUUGUGAAAGUAUUUGAUUAUUAAAUAUGUAUGCUUAUUUUUAAAGACCAUAAGUGUCUUUCAGUCUGACUAGGUUGCAGCAUAUGCAGUGACAACUGGUUAAUAAUUGCUGUCGUAAAUAGUUUUUAAGGACAUAAAAAAUUGCAAAGUUAAUAUUUUAUAAGAUAUGUAUAGAUUUUACAAAUACUUAUCAUUUAGGAUUUGCUUUAAUGAAAAAGUUAAUGAGAAUGAUGACCUCUGUUUUAGAAUAUGAGUAUACUAAAGGACUUUUUUUUUUUAAAUAGACCUCUUUGAAAUUC